CUCACUCGGUUUCGUAUCUUGUGCGAAAACGUCGAGGUUUGUACACCGCGCAGAGGAGUAGAACUCGUGUGUGAAGAAACGCUGUACCCAAAGUGCUGCAAAUUUCGGUGUAAAUAUAGGAAAAAACUGUCUGAAACUGUGCAACGAUAGUGAUUCAGUGCUGCACUUUGAACGAAAAAUAUAAACAAAACAAAAAUAGAACUCUCAGUGCUGCCGGAGACGGAAGAAUCGGAUUGCUAUUACUAUCUCACCCGGUGGAGAUCGUGUUGGAAAAGGAGUAACGAGAAAUAUCAAUUUCGCUAGACGAUUAUUGUUGCCAGUGGAAAAAGGAAAAAGAAAACAAAAAGUUGGAAUUGUGAGCCGUGGAAAGGCAGAACGCAGAAAAAACAACAACGUGACUCUCUCCCUCUCUCGCUUGGAGUUGGUAUUAUCGAUCUUUGGCCUGGUGACUUUGUCAAGAAAAAGGUAAAUAGGUGUGGAGAGCUGAGAGGGCAGAAGAAGACGAUUGUAAGUGUGUGUGUGUGUGUAUGUGCGUAUACGCGCUAGUGUGUAUAUUUACAAAAUAUUCAGCCUCUGAAAUUUUGUUUUUCUUUCUGCCGUGACUGAGUAAGACUGUGGUGUACUUUUUCACUACAAAGAGUUGUGUUUUGUUGUGAGUUGAAGGAAAAAACUGCUGAACUGCACAAGAAGGAAGUUUGUUUUCGUCAAUUGGUUUCAGAUCAUGUGAAGAGUUUGACUCACCCGCAAAAACAAUCUUGAGUCACCAAAAGUUAAAUCAAACAACAACACCUCAUCGUGUCGAGUAAUGUCCAGCGGUACAACCAAGUUUCAUAUGCCACAGCCUAUUGGGAAAGCGGAAAUCCAGAAGGAGCACCAAUCAGCGACGGUAGGAAGCACCACCGGCGGUGGUGGCAGCAGUGCCAACGUAGUCAAAGUGUACCAGAACCAGUUCCAGUACAUCGUCGCCAAGGGAACAACAAACAGCGAGAGCAAUGGUGGUGCCACUGGGGCAGUGAAUAGUUUUGCUACUACUCCGACGGAUUAUGUUUCUAGCAGUGGCCCGGCGGCAGAGAUGGCGGACGUGAGCAACGGCGAGGUAAAGGUCGUUAUCAAGCAGACCGAGCAGGAAUCGCUCGAGCAACAGGAGCAGAGUAUUAUCGCGGCGUUAUACCAGCAGCAGCAACAGAACCAAUCGAAAAAUGGCAACAGCCGGAUGUCCGCUCAUAGAGAUUCACCGGCUUCGUCACCAUCACCACCACCACCUUCCUCAGCCGGGACAAUGCAUGCGGCGGGUCAGAAAAUGAGCAACGGAUCCAAUGCGGGGAAAAUGAACGCACCUGCUGCUGCAACCGCCCAGGCGGCGGUGGGAAACUCCGCUGGCGGAAACGCAUCCAACACGGCUAAUUUUCACAACUUCAUCGGGCGUCUCAUCAGCAAGGAUAACAUGCUGCUGAUAAGUGAGGACAUUAUCGAAGUGGGACGAAAUUCCACCAAAUCGCAGGUGGAUUUUCACGUGGGAAAGAACAGUUUUGUCUCGCGGAAACAUUUCAUCAUCCAGCACGACAUGAACGAUGACUUUAAUCUGUUCUGCCUCAGCAAGAACGGGGUGUUUAUCGAUAACGUUUUCCACCGAAAAUGUGCAGAACCGUAUAAGUUGCCAAAGGUUUGUAACAUUCGAUUUCCCAGUACAAAUAUCAAGAUCCAGUUUGAGAAUCUGGUCGAUCAAGCGAACAACGGAGGCAUUUCCAUCGACCUGAACCAGCACACACCGGUUAAGGUGGGAACGGGAGCAGGAGGUACCAGUGCGGUUGCGACCGCUGCCAUUGCGGGCAGCGCAUCCUCUGGUAACAAAUCACCUUCGCCAAACAUAAUCUACUCGCCGCUGAAGAUUUCCAUCCCGGAGCAAAGUGGAGCUGGCAGCUCAAAUCUCUCGGUGGACGUUCGAGGCGGUGGGGGACUAGGUGGCUCGGGCAGAGAUGCCAACAUACAAAUCAGUGGAAGUGGCUAUCCGUCUCCGACGGGAACGAUAAGUGCGGCUAAUAGUUGUCCCACAAGUCCACGGCAAAACGUGCAUGAAUUUCCCCAAUACAGUCACAGUAGUCAUAGUAGCAACAACAACAAUAACUAUACCGUACGUAUCACCACCCACCCAACGGGCAGAACCACGCAGCAUUUCACAACCAUAUUUUUAUGUUUUCAGGAAUUUCAAGCGCCCGCAUCUCAGUCCAUGUCAGACAGUGACAAACCACCGUACAGUUACGCACAGCUAAUAGUUCAAGCGAUAUCCGCUUCGCCGGAAAAGCAGCUCACGCUGUCGGGCAUAUAUUCGUUUAUUUCGAAGAACUAUCCCUACUACAGGACGGGAGCCAACAAGGGAUGGCAAAACUCAAUUCGUCACAAUCUCAGUUUGAAUCGCUACUUUAUCAAGGUGCCACGAUCGCAGGACGAACCGGGCAAGGGUAGCUUCUGGCGGAUAGAUCCCUCCAGCGAGCUGAAGCUGAUCGAUCAGAGCUACCGGAAGAGGCGCCAGCGGGGCUCGCAGUGCUUCCGGACGCCGUUCGGGAUGCCCCGCUCGGCACCGGUGUCGCCAAGCUACAUGGACAACUCGCGCGAAAGUUCACCCGUCAACGAGGAGCUGCUGCUGUCGGCACCCGGAUCGCCGGGCCAGAACAAUAGCGGAGGCGGCGGCAGCGGCAGCGUGACCGGCUACGGCGCCAAUAAUCACGAUGCAACUCACCACUCUUCAUACCAGCAUCAGUAUAAUACAUAUGCCAGCGGUGCUGACCAUCAUGCGGCCGACGUGUACGAAGACGACGAUCAGGUGGACUAUGACAGCGAUGAGUACGAUACGCCCACAGCGGUUAAGCGCCAAAAAAUCUAACUUUGUAACACGGAAUAUUCUGGCGCAGCACUACUCGCCGCUAGAGGCGGCUAAAGUAGCAGUCGUGUCAUCGUUCCUUUGUGCACCGACACUCUGUUGAAUUCUGGAAGCAAACUCCUACUGUUGACAUCUGUCGUACGCACGCAUACGACAUGUCACCUGUAGAGCAAGUGCGCGCAUCCAGAGAGGAAGAUAAUGUUUUAAACGCUCUUGAUGGUCUCUUCACGUUCGUUGUCGAUUUGUGAAUCAAAACACUUUACAACACACACUCAUAUAAAGAAGGUACACACAAAUUUUCGAUGUACCCAAGCAAAAAUCCAUGGAUCACCCCCAUGCAGGAAUUGUCCUCAUCUGUCGAUCGUCGAGGGAGAGAGGAUGGUCGCCGUGUGCGGGUUGGUCACUUGACACUAUUUUUACAAUGCAAAAGUAGUGAGAUUUUCUCACUUUUACACACUCACACACACACACACACACACACACGUAAGCACACAUUGCACACUCCCACUCAUAAUUGAAACUGGAAGUGAAAACUUUUAGUUUAGUGGAUGCAAGAGGAAAAAAACUUCUUUAAAUUUCAUAUACAUAUAUACACGAAGAGAAUAUCUGAAACAAACAAAAAAAAACUAAAAUUAAAAUUCUAGUUAUUAAUGAAUGUGAGCAACAACAAAAUAAACAAAUCUAAAGGUACACUAAUUUAAUGUAGACUCCGAGCAAAUGCGAUAAAGCAAGUAUUUAGCGUUUAGUAAAAUGUCACUUUUAUUGAAUAAUUGGAAAUAAAACAAAAAAAACAAGAAUUAUAUAUAUAUAUAUAUACAACAUAGUAAAAGAAAUCAUCGCAAUUUGAUCAUAUGUGAACCCUGGAAAAAAACAAUUUGAAGUAGAGAGUAGGAAAAAAAUCACAAUGAACAACACGGCAUGCAAACACUCACACACUCACAUUCACUGAACACGUGGCGUGUGGCGAAAGAAUAGUAAAAUAUGGAAAAAAUUAAUUAGGAGAAGAAAGGAAGGAGGGAUCGAGACAAACACACGAAGCGGGAAUCUCUCAUCUGUUACGGUGGCUAUCACCGCGUGAUUUCCACCGAGCGCGCCCUACAAGUAGCAUGAUGAGAUGUAAGACGUGAUCCCAGUGAAUGUUCCGUUCUGUGUCGUGAGCUAUUGAAGAAAGAUACUCUCGAUCGGAUCCACACAAACCGUAUAUAAGUACCGAUGGGGGAAAAAUUGCAUGGAAAAGAUAGUGAAUUUAGUUAAAACAGUAAGUUUAAAAUUUAAGGGCAAUGAACCGAAAUCAAUCAAAUUGAUUAAUAAUAAUAAUGAUAAUAUACAGAGAGUAGUAGUGGAACUUGUGUGUGCUAUAUCCUGCCCCGAGAAGAAGAAGAUGGUUUGAUGGUUCCGCGAAACGACUGUGUGAGUGUUUUUUUUUAUUCUGAGAGAACAAUGCUCGUGGUGAAUAAGGAAAGAAGUAAUGGUAUUUUUUCCCGAAACUUCACUUCAGAUUUUCCUGGCAUUUUUGGUUCAAUAUGUAGGGAGGAGAAGAGGAAAGGAAAGGAAGAGGUUAUGUAUAAUGAAUUCAGCAGGCAAACGAAGAUAACAACAAAAAUGGAAUAAAGCAGACAAAAUGCUAUAUAACUUAAUUGUAUUUGUUUAAAUGUAAAUUUAUUAACAACAUAAAAUGAGGAAAACAAUG